AUGCCGCCUGGAACGCCCUACAAUUCAUUCGUGCUACCUUAUAGAAUUCGUGUCGACGAGUUUAGCGAUUCGUACAAGAAUUCAGAAUCUUAUGUCAAACCUUUAUUACACCUCCUUUCUCAUACCCAUGCAGAUCAUAUCAAUGGACUUGCUGCCAAAUCGUUUGGCUAUAAGGUCAUCUGUUCCAAUGAUGCUAAGGAAAUGCUCCUGAGGCACGAGGUAUAUGCCGAAAGAGCUCUUCACGAGAACGACAUGCGGGCUGUGGUAAAGCGCACCUUCGCACACUUGAAGGUGGAUCCGUGGAUACAACCAGAUGGAACCAAGUUUUAUCAUGGUUCAAGAGAUCUCCUGUUUGCGCUUCCUCUCAAUACGCCCACUCCUUUUGAGCUCAACGCGUUGGAAACGGUCACGAUCACUUUGAUAGAUGCAAAUCAUUGUCCUGGUGCUGUCAUGUUUCUCAUCCAAGGCGACAAAGGCGCCAUUUUACAUACAGGAGACUUCCGUGCAGAACCUUGGUUCUUGGAUACGCUUUCUCGCAACCCUUUUCUGCAGCCCUACAUUCCAGCUGAAAAUGUUCCUGCCGUUGCAGAAGCCGAGGGGCCAAUUACCUAUCAACCGCUGGAAGCAAUUCAUUUAGAUACAGCGAGUCUCCUUUCAACUCUUAAGGUCCCAACUAAGGAACAAGCGGUCACAGGUCUCAUAGAGCUUAUUGCAUUAUUUCCGCCUACUACGUAUUUCUUCAUUAACUCUUGGACAUGGGGAUACGAAGACAUUCUCAAGGCCAUUGCAAACACAUUCCAUUGCAAGAUUCAUGUCGACCGCUACAAACAUUCCAUUUACUCGCACGUCUCUGAUCCUUUUCUGCGCAGUAUAUUCACGUGUGAUCCUAGUUCCACUCGGUUUCAUGCCUGUGAACGGUUUGAUCGAUGUGAUAUAGUUUCAGUCGAAGAUUACAACUAUGGCAAUGAACCUGCUCCUCUUAGUAAAGUUGGAAAGAAGGUAGUUUAUGUGAAUCCCAUCCCCAUGAGCGAGUCAAAAUGGGAAAUGUACUUGACAAGUGUGAAAAGGCAGAUGAAUGAUGGAGAAAAUGUAGACAGUCUGCUUGUCGCAUUAAGCCGCCACUCCCCAUUACCCGAACUCAUGUCUUUCGUCUCUCUCUUUCGUCCGCGCAAGGUGAUACCUAAUACACUCAUACCCGCGCUGCAUGGUUUGGAUUGGGCAUGCAUGAAAAUCAUGUUCGCAGACUGCGUUUUCAACGACCCAGAAGCGCCUAGUGCAUAUCAUGAUACCGAGGGUAUUGUCGACUACAACGGUCCUGCUUCGGACGAAUUGGAUUAUAACGAUGGAGAUGUUUCGUUCAAAAACCUAAUGGGAGGCACUCAGGCUCUUCAAGAUGCAGAGCAAUGGGCAGACGACGGUAAAAUGGUGAAGAAGCUGAGGGUGCUUAGUUAUUGGCUGCGGGGGAAGGAAAAGGCCAUCGUGGAUCGAGCUUUGGCGCGAGGUUAUGCAUUAAAGGAACUAGAAAAGCUAGACAAGGAACUAGCAGACGGCAGAGCGCUCGAAGUCGAAGCGCAAGAGGAAGUUCAAGAAGCAGCUCAACGUAGAUCGGAGAAAGAACAGCGGAGAGAGGUACUCAAACGCUACGUGGACAGUGACGACGACACAGAUGAUGACGAGCGUGGAAAAACCGCUCAUCGCCUGUUUGCCCACCUGGCUGGUGUGGAUGACAUAGACUCGUCGUUGUCCCAGUCUCUGUCGAUAUCAGGCAGAAGCGUUCAUACUGGCGUGGGGGUGCCGUUGUACCCUGUAGAUCCAGUCACGGGUCAGUUGACUCCCGAGUCUUCACCUCCGAGACCAGUCUUUCGUCGCCAGAAAGACAAGGGAAACGUACGCGUAACUAAGCUUCCUCGCUCUAUUGCUAUACCACCUCCAACUCUUGGCCUUACUACGAUUCUGCCACCGUCGGCGAAUUUUAUAGCUCCAGUGGUCCCAGGAACGUUUGCGAGCGGCAGUGGCCUAAGGAUCGAGGAAAAGGAAGCCUUACCUUUUCACAAUCUCAAGAAUUGUAGCAUGGAAGACCGUUCUACUGCUAGCUCAUCUGCUUCUCAAAGCCUAGAUGACGAUCAGCAACGCAAAACCAAACGGCGUAAGGUGGACAAGGAUGGCUCGACUGAAAAUGACAAUACAUUGAAAGGUGAUAGCCGUAACGGGUCUUUGUCUUCGAUAUAUCCUACUACGAAGCACAUUCGACGAUCUCAAUCAUCCCUCAAACAAGGUAGUGGGACGGAUAUAGGUGCCAGGAUGUGGAAACCAGACAGUUCAAAGAUUAGUAAAGCUGCGAAUUCAUCAACACAGUUCCCCCAUGCUCCUAUCGGUGGUCCUUCGAACGCAAGUGCUUCAUCGCCUUGUGUCGCAUCUCCCAGACGCUUGGAACCGAAGCCAACACUUCCGGUUAUUGGUUCUUCUAGUCGUUAUUCGACUCUCCCGAUGAUGGCUUCGUCAGACUCAUCAGUAAUACGAGGUAGUCCUGCGGAUCAACGAGCUCAACGACUUGCACGUACAUCAGACCGUCUCUCCAUUGCUGAGAAACUCUCUAAGGCAAGGCCAGACCUCGUCUCCCCUGCUUAUUCGGCGAAACGUGCGAGAAGGUUGUCGAAGAUCGAGAGGGCAAAAACGAUCGAUGCCUCUUCGGAAUGUCUUGAAGGGGAAGAUCUUCGAUGUGACAGUCCAGCCGUAGAUUGGGAACGCAGUCGUAGGCUAGCAGAGGGUGUUAAAGAAGCAGUUGCAAAAGGAGAAAAACCUGCUACUGUUCUGCCUCCGCUUUUGUGUCUCAAGGGGCGAUGCUAUGAUUGA